UCAUGGUGAAGCUAUUCGUGGGUGGGUUACCUGAUGGAGUUGACUCCAUGCGGCUUCGUCAGUUAUUUUCUCAGUUCGUAGUUGUCAAUGAGUGUGAUGUCAUCAAGGAUUAUGCUUUUGUUCAUGUCCCCGAAGAGUCUGAUGCGCGAACAGCUAUAGAAAAACUAGACGGUUACAUAUUGGAAGGGAAAGCUAUAAAUAUACGGAGAUCGACAUCUAAGUUACGAAAAGAACCUGGUAUGGAUAAACGCUGUUAUCGAUGUGGAGCAGCAGAUCACAAAACUCCACAGUGUCCCAAUGAUCCAGCAAAUAUUAGUCUAAAGCGCACUGCUAGUGGAAAUGCUUUGGGUGUUCCAGAGCAGAAACGUUUUGCUGGAGAUGGAGUUGGUAUCGGAGAAUCUUCAUCUUACGCAAUUGGACAAGAUAAUUCAUUUGCAUAUCCUGCUGGUUCAGGUGCUAAUGGAGCACGAAGUGAUCCUGACCCCGAACUCCCUCGACCUAUGGACAGCGGCUUAUUCCCAUUAUACGAACAGUAUAUCGAUUCGCGAACAAAAUAUUUUUAUUUUCGAGACCGACUCACGAAAGAAGUGAAAGCGCGUGCCCAUAUGUUACCAUCAAUAUCAGUUACACCGUUGCAAGCUCCGUAUGCUGCCAGCAGCAUUUACAGUACUCCCCCGCCAACAACUCUACAGUUUACCGUGCAACAGAAUUCAUCCAUUCGAACAGUUCCAAUAACGACAAUGACUUUUCCAUCAACAACAGCGGCAUCACAUUUCUAUGCUAAUGCAGUAAACACUAAUUCAGCGACUACGAUCUACCCAAAUUCUCUAUCUUUGAACCAGCCCACUCGUUUGUUCUGAUA